UGGGGGAGCGCGGGCCGCGCUUCCGGUGCGGCGCGGCCCGGCCGGGCGGGGGCGGCGGAGCGGGCGCGGCGGGGCCGGCGCGAUGGAGCGGCCCGAGCGGCCCCGCGCCAACGGCUGCGGCGGCGCCCACGGCGCGCUCCGCAACGGCUUCGUGCGCGGCCCGCCCGGCACGCAGAUAAAUCAUAUUGUGCACAAUGGAGGAUUAUACAAAAGGCCUUUCAAUGAAGCUUUUGAAGAAACACCGAUGCUGGUUGCUGUGCUGACCUAUGUAGGCUAUGGUGUUCUCACUCUCUUUGGAUAUCUGCGAGAUUUCAUGCGGCAGUGGAAGAUUGAGAAGUGUCAAAAUGCAACAGAAAGAGAAGAACAGAAGGACUUUGUCCCAUUGUACCAGGACUUUGAGAAUUUCUACAACAGAAACCUCUACAUGCGCAUUCGGGACAGCUGGAACCGUCCAAUCUGCAGUGUGCCAGGGGCCAAGGUGGACAUGAUGGAGAGAGUUUCCCAUGACUAUAACUGGACAUUCACAUACACAGGGAGAGUGAUAAAAGACAUCAUAAAUAUGGGUUCCUACAACUACCUUGGGUUUGCACAGAAGACUGGGGCUUGCCAAGAAGCAGCUGCUAAAGUUCUGUCCCAGUAUGGAGCUGGGGUGUGUAGCACUAGGCAGGAGAUGGGAAACUUGGACAAGCAUGAGGAGCUGGAAAAGCUAGUUGCCAGGUUCCUAGGUGUGGAAUCUGCAAUGGCAUAUGGAAUGGGAUUUGCAACCAACUCUAUGAACAUUCCUGCUUUAGUUGGCAAGGGCUGUCUGAUUCUGAGUGAUGAGCUGAAUCAUGCAUCACUAGUGCUCGGAGCAAGACUGUCAGGAGCAACUAUUCGAAUCUUUAAGCAUAACAAUAUGCAAAGCCUGGAGAAGCUGCUCAAAGAUGCUAUUGUGCAUGGGCAACCUCGUACACGGAGGCCCUGGAAAAAAAUUCUUAUCUUGGUGGAAGGAAUAUACAGUAUGGAGGGAUCCAUAGUCCGUUUGCCUGAAGUGAUUGCCCUUAAGAAGAAGUACAAAUCCUAUCUGUACCUUGAUGAAGCUCAUAGUAUAGGUGCCCUGGGUCCCAGUGGCCGGGGUGUAGUGGAGUAUUUUGGACUCAAUCCUGAAGAUGUGGAUGUUAUGAUGGGAACAUUCACCAAAAGCUUUGGAGCUGCAGGAGGAUACAUUGGGGGCAAGAAGGAACUGAUUGAUUACCUCAGGACAUACUCUCACAGUGCUGCGUAUGCAACAUCAAUGUCACCUCCUGUUGUGGAGCAAAUCAUCACCUCUGUGAAGUGCAUUAUGGGUGAAGAUGGUACAACUGUUGGGAGAGCACGAGUGCAGCAGCUAGCAGAGAACACGAGAUAUUUCAGGAGACGACUGAAAGAGAUGGGCUUUAUCAUCUAUGGAAAUGAAGAUUCUCCUGUUGUGCCUCUGAUGCUGUACAUGCCAGCAAAAAUUGGUGCGUUUGGGCGCGAGAUGCUGAAGCGCAACAUCGGUGUUGUGGUUGUGGGCUUCCCUGCCACCCCCAUCAUCGAGUCCAGAGCCAGAUUCUGUUUGUCUGCAGCUCAUACCAAAGAGAUGCUUGAUACAGCUUUAAAAGAAAUCAAUGAAGUUGGGGACCUUUUGCAACUGAAAUAUUCCCGUCGCCGUUUGGUACCUCUCUUGGACCGGCCGUUUGACGAGACAACAUAUGAAGAAACAGAAGACUGACCUCCCUCCAUGUGCCUCAGUGGGAGGGACACACCCAUGGGACACUCCGUGGCACACAGGCCACAGCAUCUGUGAACAACACACUUAGGACUGCUUAGUAUAAGAGACAUUUCCUCACAAUACUGAAGUGGCCACAUCAGCUCAAAAUGGCAUUUUGUAAAUAGGGAGAGGAGAAAAAAAUUCUUUGAUUCCUGUGUCUUCAGGGUCUGGCCCUAGAGGUGCUUGGCUUUAUUUUUUUUCUUGUUGCUUUUUUUUUUAAUUUAUUUGUCUCAAUGAGUUCACAGCAACCCAAGUUGGCUGUGGCUGAUUAGUUCAGACUUCGUAUGCACCAUUAGCCUCCCAAAUGCUGGCUGAGAUGUUGUGAGCAUGUGUGACGCUGGCAUGGCAGCAUUUUCAGUGUCACUGCUAGGUGUCUGAUCUUCCCAAUAAGGAAUGAGCUGACCUGUCUGUUUCUGGAGACUUCCUAGAGAAACUGUUGAUUGCUAACUUUGACAUAUUUAACAAGAUGGAUAAUCAACCAAAGUUGUUUUUUUUCUCAUUUGCAGUUACUUAUGUUUAAAACUUGAAUUUAGCCUUUUUAAAAUAAAUGUGUUGUUGACAUGUCACUGACAGGACCAUUGUUCCCAAACAUUAUUUAGUUUUGUAAACCAUAAGCAGAAGGACUUCUGGAACUGUAGCCUCUUUUCCUUCCCAGUAUGGAUACCAGAUUGUCUCCUGGUUUUGACACUAAUUGUCCCUUUGAUAGAGGGUAAGUGAUGGAGAAGGGUUUGUUUUGUUUUUAAUACUUCUGUUUAAAAAAAAGAAAAAAACAUGGGUUAUGUGUGUGUUGCUUUCUCAUCUUCAGGUUAGUUUCUCUUGCUUUAGAAUUACUGUAAAGUCAUGAACACGUCACUAAGUCCUAGAAGGGUGCUCUUGGGUUUAAACCAACUAGAGCAAGCCUCAUGCUUAGUCUUAAGACUAAACCCCCUCAACAAGCAGGCCUAUACAAGGGGUGACUAUUAGGAGAACCAUCUGUUUCAUGCAGAUCUGUGAAAGACUGCUGCCCUUUGCUAUGCUAACUCUCUGUUUUUCUUGUCAUCUGUGAGGUGUUCUUCACUGGCCCUGUUACGCAUACGGAUAGCUUGAAUCUUGUAGGCAUGUUACAUUUUGGCUGGCCAGCAAAGUCCCCAUUGGCAGCUGCAUGUCUAUAGGCCUUCCCUGAAGAAUGUGCUCACAAUUGCAUUUAGUUUGAUAUCUUUAUUCUUUCGUGCUUCUGUUACUGAUCAACACUGCUCAAAUGAGUGUUUGCUGAGCCAGUUGCUAUUCAGAGUCUUUAUUUGCAAGUUUCAUCCUGUCCCUCUGUUUCAAAUAGAUGCUUUUGCUCUAACACACCUUAGAACCGGUCUGCUACUUAGUCUUUACAUCUUGAAUUCUUUCAGUGAACAGAAUGGAUCAACAAAAAGGUACCAAAAUUUUAAAUAUGAGUCAAUUGUAUAGUUAGUUUCUGUAUUUAUAUAUAUAGACAUACACAAUUUCUGCAAAGAUAGUAAAAUGUUAACAUUGUGUCAGUUGGGUUGGGCCAGCUCUUCAGUUUGGGUUAGCAGGAUGCUUUUUGCAGGUUACUGAGGUUUUAGAAACAGACUCAUCAUCAUAAUACUAAAGCAGGGAGCAACUCAAAGCUCUUUGUGUGGUGCUGAAAAAAUUCAUUCUUUUAAAGUUCUUUAAUGUUCACCCUGCAACUAACAGGGAGAGGGAGUGUUUUGGCCACUAGAACCUAGUUCUGUAAAUACAUGUGGUGAGCUAAAGCAAAAUUGGCUUCUAUUUUAUAGACUAUCUAACUUCAUGCAUUUGUAGAUCUUGUUACAUUUUAAUGUAAUGGAACUUCAAAACACUGGUUUGUUUUUUUACCAUUGAAUUUCAGAAAUUUAAUUAUAUGAAAAGAACUGAAAUUGAGUGUUUGAAAAUAGGCCCAGAUAACUAUUUCUGUAUUAGUCCAGUAAUGUUGGUUGGCUCUUCUUUAGGAGCUGAGUGAGUGCAGAGUCUGAGAAGUCUAUGUGCAGCUUGGAUAGCUAUGAAAUAGUCUCACAGGUUCAGCCAGAGUGAAUAAAUGGAAGUUAGCUGAGCUUACUUUCUUGCCCACGUUCUGCCCAGGACUAGCUCUAACAUUCCAGUAGAGAAAGCAUUACCUGCUUUCUGACUUCAAGAAGCUUUACCUCAAAGAAUUACUGAUUUUUUUCCCUCUCUGGAUUGUACUAGGGAACAACAAGAGGUUAGUACAGGAAGCCCUGACUUCAGCCCUGAUCCUGUUAACUUGAUCAUGAAAUGGUUUAAGAGCAGACAAAACUGACCAAUUUAAAGGCUUGGAUCAGUAGGUACCUGUUUUUAAGUAUUCACAAAUGUACAGUGUGUUUGUCUGCUGUGUAGUCGAGUCAUUUUGGAAACUGUGAUGUAUUAAGUUAGAAGUGGGUUAUCAUAGAUUCUACAAGUGUUGAAUCUUAACCUUGUCUCUGGGAACCAGUUUUACAGCAGCUUGUCUUUGGAAGGGAGAAAAGUGUCUGGAAAAAUCUUCAUAAUGUAGAUAAAUCCUGUGCAAUACUUCUGAAAUGGUCAGUGUUUAAAAAUUACUAGUGUCCAUUUGGUUUCUAGUUGCACUUGUUGAGGAAAUUGUGUUCAAGCUUCUGCCUUUUAGUAUCUUUCUGCUGUGUCACACUGUCUGCAUAUAACUUUGAAUUUUGUGUUGCAAAGACACUUCAGAAAUAAUUCUGGCAGUCAGCAUUUGCAGACUGCUUGGUUACAUUUCAGCCUUGCCAUAUCCUUUUUGGGAAGCAAAUCCCCCCACUCCUCUCUGAGGCCUUUUGUUCAAGAGAUCCGGUUUUGCCAAAGUCUGGUAAAAAUAAUGAAACCUGUUGAAACUGCUUCUGAAAAUGUAAGAGUUACAAGUCCAAGAUUUCACUCUUUUAAUUCAGCAAUUCACUGAGCUUGAAAGCCAAGAAAACCUUUUUGCAUCUACUAAAAAAUCUCCAAUAAGGAUUUGUGCUAGGCAAACCUACAGCAUGUAUGCUGUCACAGUAUGUGUAGGAUGGAUUGCUGCUUUGAUAUUUAUGUACUGACCAGAAAUCUGUCUCCUUUUUCUCCUGGCAGUAGAAAUGAAUGAAAGAACCAAUCUUGAGAGAUCACAAAGGAAGAAAAGCUGCUUAAGAAAUAAAACUUCAGUCUCUGCCAACUUUUCAGAGACAUUCUAAUUGAAAAUGACUCCUGGUAUUUCUUAAGAGAUGCAAAAUUGAAAAGAAAAUGAAGGGUGCUUUUGAACAAAGAAUUUUGCCCAGUACUGUAUAUUGGCUAAACUUACUCAUAAAUAUACAAUAGUUACCUUCCCAGGACCUCUCUGAAGAACUAAGCAAGCAAGUUUUUGCCUCUGUUAAGCAGAGUAAAGAGUUUAGAACCAUUACUGUUUUUAAGGCUAAUGGCCAUAUUCUUUCACUCAUAAGAAAAUUAUGAAGCUCCUAUUACCGAGCAUCAGCAGUGAGAGAUCUGCUUCUUGUUAGAAACUGGCCUUCCCAAGUAGAUCUUUGACUUAAGGAACCUCAUUCAUAGUUUUCCUUCAGUUCUUUAGCAGAAAAGAAACCUUUUUUUGUGUGUGUGUCAGAAUAUUCAGGGCCUUCAUUUGUUUUUUACACAGCAUAAACUUUUGCAUAGUGUGUAUAUGGUAUAUUUAACUCUUUAGUUGCUAUAUCUUUUCCCUUCUAAGUAGCAUCCUUAAUGAACAGUUCUGGUUCUUGAGUUACAGGUAUAAUAUGCUUCUGCUUUAGGCAAAGACUCAGGAGUAAGUUGACCAAACAUCUGAAGGAAUUGCAUUAUCCAUCCAUCUCUUGCUGUUUCCUCUAGCAGUACAGAUGUGGUGCUCACUAUCAGAGCUGCACCUUCACAAAGAACAGGCAAGGCCAGUGUGCUCAUAAAAUCAGCCGUUCUGUGCUGUGUGAAUGAGGGACUGAUACAGCAGAGAUGGAGAAAAGGGGUAGUCAAUCAUGGCUUAUUUUCAGCUAUACAAGGAUCUUUCAUGUGUACUUGAACAAGUAUCCCUAAGUCAGGAAUGCAGCUUUCAGUGCCUGAAUGGACACUCCUCUAAAACUUUUCCACACCAAGUAAAUACUUCUUUUCCUUCUGUGCAACUUUUGAUUUCUUUACUUCUGAAAAGCAUUUGACUUACAGCUGUUUGCUCGUUCAGAAGCCAUGUUAUCCAUUCAGGGAGAUCAUAGGAGAGGUUGGAGGAAAACAUGAGCAUGACUCUUCAUUGCAUCUAAGAGAACACCUUGCAGCACUGGAUCUGAAGCACUAUGCAUGAGCCCCCUUGCUGCAUCACAGAGAAGGAAACUUGUGGAGAUGUAUCCCAAUAUACAAUGCUCAGUCAGAAUGUAUACAGUUUAUAUAUAUUAUUUUUACUGUUUAUAUUCAGCCUAUGAAAGUGUGAAGCAUGCUGGGAUCUGUGUGGAUGGCACCUUCUGCAUGGAGAUUUGAGGCACUGCAGUCUGUUCUGUUUUAGCACUCGUGUUCAGGAAUGCUUAGGAUGACCCCUCAGCAGGUGCAUUGUUGGCUUUGGUGCUGGACCGGACACCCAAGUGGCAUUGGACCACUAUUUGGGAAAAGCACGAGUCAUUUGACCUGCAUGACCUGAACAUGGUUUUAAAAGGAAAAAAGAAAUUCUGAUGCCAUUCUGAUGGGUUUGUAUUCCUGUAAACAUUCCCAGCCUUGCAGUUGUUCACCUGUUCAAAGAUUCAGAUGUAAUACUAGAGUAAAAACAUAAAGUGUGUGAAAUAUUGUGCUUUACCUUUCACUAAAAAGAGAAGCAUUUGCUGCAGACAUUGGAGCUGUUGUGCUUAUAUCCCCAAAAGGGGCUGGGUGAAGCAGAUGAUGACUGUGGUGUGUGUUGAUGGCCUUAAACUGUGAUUCUUGGUAUGAAGAAUUAAAAUUAAGACUGACCUUGAAGAAUGCAGUGGAUUUUGACCCACAGAACAAUACUCGGUGCUCUUAAUUAAGGAGUAUGUACUUGCUGUUUUCCUGGGAGGGAGAGGUUCAAAACUCAGCUUGUGUGUGGCCCUGGCUAGCAGCUGUUUUAAGGAGAUGUCUGUAUGUGGGAACCAAAAGUAGUGCAGUUCUCUGCACCAAUGUUCUGUGCAGCUUACAUAGUUCCUGUGCAGUUCCAUCAGUAACUUGUUCCUGGGCUGCUGAAAGGGGGAGAUUUAUUGAGACAGUCAGGGACUUCGGAACCAGUGGCAGCUAGCAAAUUCAUUUCCACAACAUUAGGUGAACAGGUCUCAUGUGAAUAUGCCAAGGGUUGGUGCCAUUCCAAAAAUACCCACAGUAAGGUGAAACAUGCACCAAACCAUCUGACCUUUGUAAACAUUCUUUUUUUUUUUUCCAAAGCUCAUCCUAUUCAGACAGUGUUUCUGCUACCCCCUAAUGGUAUAUUAAGCUUAAUGCAUCUCUAGCCUCCCAGUUUUAACUUUAGACCCAUUUGAGAACUGAGGAAUGCUGGAGCCUGAGGCUUUAGGCUAGCAGCCCCAAAGCCAAUGGUGGCCCACAUUUCCACAAGCCCUGGGCAGAAUUACCAAGUCACAGCACUUCAUCUUAAAUUGCACUGUAUUCUUAUGCCUCUGUGUUGCUAUAAUGUACAUAUAUAUUGGAUUUUUUUGUAGAUAAGACAUUUUAGAUAAAAUUUUUAAAUGGGCUCUCCCCAAAAUAUUUUAUGCCAGAUGUCUAAUUUUUUUUACACUUGUGAUUAACAUGAAUAUGGAUGCUCUGUGGGCAGGGAAGACGAUAAAUGGAUGGUACAUUGGCUUUAAAAAGGUAACAAUGCAUGUCAAAAAAAAAAAAAAAAAAAGGAGAAAAAAUGCUUGGGACAAAAUUCAUUCAAAUAUAUUCUAUGUUCUGCAUAAUAAAGACUUUAAAAAACCCA